AUGAAGAACAAGGGCUUUCAAAACACCACCAACAAUUUUCGGAGUGGUGACUCAUUGGCAAUGAACAAUGAAGGAUCCAACACAAAUGUGCCGAAAAAGACCUUGCCCGACGAGUUAUCGAUGAAAGCGGAACAAUCAAUGUUCUCAAAAACCUUAAAAACUCGAUUGUAUUCCAACAGAGAUGAAAAACUCUCAGUGGGAUGUGAAAACAUAACUUUUUCAAAAGUGUCAAAUAUUCAAAAACCUAAGGAUGUUAAGAACGAUUUAUUCCCAGCACAAAAGAAAGUUAAACCAAACGAUUUAGACUUUCUCAACAAAACCGAUGAAACAAUGCAACUUGUAAAUAUCAGAACUACAACUCCUCUCAAUAGGAUUCAGCAAAAUGAUGUCAAAGCUGAAAAAGUUGACAAGUCGUUAAUCAAAUUGAAACCGAUUGGAUCUCAAUCUCCUCGUGUAGAAAUUGAUAACAACUUGAUCAACUCUGGAAAAAAGUCUCCGAUGUGGUUUAUUGACCGAGUCAAGAAAAACCCGUCAAGCAUGGAAUACGUGUAUCUUGUUCCUCUUCAAGAAGAUACCACUGAACCUUAUAACCCAUACAAGUUACAAAUUGUGCCUCACGCAUUUAUCAAUGAUAAGAUUGACUAUUAUACAAUGAGUGCAAGUGGAGUGACCCAUUUUAUAAAUGGAGAAGCAGAUUUUACACCUCUUUCAAGAUGGAUACAAGAGCAUGACACCUUCCAAAAGAUAUUGAAGAUUAAAUUUUUCAAAAACUUCAGAAAAUGGAAGGCCUUUUACUUUUUCAAAAAGAUGAUAAUAAGAAAGAAUAGAGCGUUGGCUUCAGCAACACUAACUGAACGACUGUUUUUUAUUAAUAAUUGUAAAGCAAUGAGAGACAUACGUAUGGAAUGUAUUAAAAUUACAGAAUUAGAGUUAUUCAAAGAUAAUAAGGGUGAUACAUUGACGGUGGACGAAUUUUCUAAAAUACAAGAGACUCAGAAAGAUGAGAUUGCUAAACAGCUCUUAGAAAUUUGUGAAAGCAUUACGGACAUUACCUACGAAGCAUGUAGAGACACGAUGAUCUCAGCUGGUUUUGGAGAUAGAUUCAGUGACCUUGAGCAAAUUCCAGAGCCUGAACAAAAAAACAAAGAUUUCUCUGGCUAUAGCCAAUCUCAAAAAAAUCAAGAUGAAAUGGAAGAAGAUGAGGUGGAUGAGAAGGCGCCAUUGAAUAGAUCGACAAGAAACGUUUCCUCAAAGAGAGCAAACAGAGGAAAUCUUACAGCUAACUAUCCAUCUUACAAUAUGACAUAUACAGAGAAAUCUUUGAAGAGAAAAGUGUGCAAGCGAAUUAUUAACUUUAUCCGACUUGCAGACUUUCUUGUUUUGGAUGCACUGAUAGAACUUGUGGAAAAGUCUGUCGAAAGAAUUUUAAACAAAAUUGCCACACUCUCUAAGAACAGUGAAAAAGAUAUUGAGGAAGAAAUUAUGCAACUGGGUUUAAUUGGAACUGAUGAUCUUGAGAUUGUUCCUCUCUUCAAAGUUGAGGUUAGACUCAACGAUCAAAAGUUGCAAAUUCUUCCAUCGAGAGAGCAAUUUGAUAAGAGAGUAGCAAAAGUGAUAGAAGGAUUUUUUGAUGCUAUCAAAAUAGAAAAAUUUAUUACCAAGAAGAAGUUUGAAGAGUACACCGAUCCUGUUGUCAAUGACAAAGGAGCUGAAGCAAUUGUUAGCGAGGGCAUAACUAUAAAGGAGAGAAUUGUUAGAAGAGAGUCAUACGAUAGACUUGUGAAGAGUAUAAAGGAAACUAUGUCAUUGGCCUUUAAAGACGUCGAGAAAUAUGCUAAAGAAUACGAACAACUCAAGAUUAAACACUUAGAAAAUAAGGAAAUGUUAGAAACUGAUCUGACCAUUAUUAAGGACAAAGAUUAUCCUUUAGAAUGGUUCCAAUCGGAAAUGAACAAAUACAAGGAACAGGAUACUGAGGUUAAACAAAUGAGAACAUACAAGUACAAAGGAAUUUUCUAUGUCGACACUCAGAAGCUGAAGGAAACAUUUUUACCCUCUCCCAGUGAAUGCCUUUUGAAGCUCCAUAAAAUUUUGCCAGAGCUUUCAAAAGAGAAAAAUAUGGCUCUUUACAAGAAGCUCGAAAAAUCUAUGGAAAGAUUCAAGGCAUUUCCUGCAUCUGUGGAGGACUUUGUAGAGUUCUUACACUUUGUUGAGAAGACAGUAGCGAGCUUGGAUGAUUUGGAGAUUGAGUUCAAAACUGUUUUCGAUUUUUACAAGUUAAUGGAAGAAGAAAAGGUGAAAGUACCAUUAGAAGACAAAAAUUUCUUCCAAGAUUAUACAGUUUCUACCAUUUCCACGCUAAGAUCUUCUAUCAGUAGAGCGGAAGACAGUAAAGAGGAUCGUAUUAAUAAGUUCUCUGUGGAUUUAAAGAGAAAAAUAGAUGACUUGAGAGGAGAAAUUCAAGACUUUUUAGAAAAAUCAAAGGACGCAAUGGUGUUUGAUGUUAAUAAUACAGAGUCUCAAGAAAGAAUUGAAGAAGUCAUUGCAUACCUAACAGAGUUGAAGAAUGGAAUGGAUAAAUCUCAAAAGAGAUUUGCAGAGCUUGUUGGUUAUCAAGAAUUAUUCAAAGUCAAACCUGAUACAAUUGAUGAAAUGCCAUCAAUUGCUAAAGAAAUUGAUCUCAAGUUAAAGCUAUGGACAACCAUGAAGAGCUGGAUCAUUUUUGAGUCAGAAAACAAAUGUAAAAUUUUCAAAGAUGUGAUUGCUGAAGAUAUCAAGCGAAAUGUCGAUCAAUUCCAAUAUACAGCUUCACAUCUUCAAAAGAAUAGUGAGACAGAAAAUCCUGUCAUAUCCAAGCUACUGGAUUACACAGAUAACUGGAGAAUUGUUUUACCUAUCAUUGAGGACCUCAAGAACAUGUCACUCAGAAUAAGACAUUGGAGAGUGUUAGACAAUAUUGUUGGUACUACAAUUUCUGAAAGGAACUUUGAAUUAAGUUUAUUAUUUGAUCCUGAUAUUGUUGAUAAGAGAAAGAAAAUCCAAGAAGUUUCUGAACAAGCUUCCAAUGAGGCAUCUCUUGAAGAGCAGCUUAAAAAAGUCAAAGAGAAUUGGUUCAAGGCAGAGUUUCCAAUUGUUUCCCACAAGGACAUGACGAUCAUUGGAAGUGUAGAGGAUAUUAUGGCUCUUUUAGAGGACGACAGAAUUGUGCUUUCAACUAUUUUGAGCUCAAGAUAUGUAGCAGCCAUCAAAGAUCAAGUAGAGGAGUUAUAUAACGACCUUAAUCUCAUAUACGCAACAAUCCAAGAAAUUAUUUAUUGCCAACGAAAAUGGAUGUACUUGGAAAAUGUAUUUGUAUCAGCCGACAUUGCAGCAGAGUUGAAAGAAGAUCACAAAUUAUUUGUUUCUAUUGACAGAUUCUACAAAGAAGCAAUGAAGAGAGCAAAGGAGGUCAAGAAUGUUUUUAGAGUGAUUAUUGUACCAGAAACAUCAGUGAAAAGCGCUCUUUUCGAUAAAUUGAAAGGCCAUAACAUGCAUCUCGACAAAAUUGAAAAGAGCUUGGAAGAAUAUUUAAAGAAAAAGAGAAAUCUGUUUCCUAGAUUUUAUUUCCUGUCUAACGAGGAUUUGAUUGAUAUACUUUCUCAUACAAGUAAUCCACAAGCUGUACAACCUUACUUACCUCAAUGUUUUGAAGGUAUGAAAUCAUUGGAUAUCGAUUCCUCUAAGUAUGUUAAAGGAAUGGUUUCAAAGGAAGGAGAAAGAGUUCAAUUCGUCUCUACAACAACAAGAGCCGAUGAUGUAGUUGAAGAUUGGUUGAGAGAAGUGGAGCAACAUAUGUUUGAUACUCUGCGCCAAUUUAUGAAACGAGCAGUUCGUGAUUAUCCAAAGAAAGAAAGAACAGUAUGGAUGAGAGACCAUAUCGCUCAAGUAGUUCUAACUGUGUCUCAAAUAUUUUGGUGUUACGAAGUUACAAAUUGUUUAACAUCAGAAAACCCAAAGAAGGAACUUGAAAAAUUCUAUGAAAAGUCAAUUACUCUCUUGAAUGAUUUGGCAUAUCUAACAAGAACUAAACUCUCCUCAAAUGAGCGUAAACUUAUUGGAACUAUGAUCAUUUUGGAUGUACACGCAAGAGAUGUGGUUAAAUCAAUGAUUGAAGAAGGAGUCGAUGAUGUGAACAACUUUGGUUGGUUAAAACAACUAAGAUUCUAUUGGGAAUCAGAUGUAGAUGAUUGCAUUGUCCGACAAUCUAACUCAGUUUUCAGAUACGGUUAUGAAUAUGGAGGAAUACAAUCUAGACUCGUUAUCACCCCUCUUACAGACAGAGUUUACAUGACACUAACCGGAGCAUUGCAUCUAAACUUGGGAGGAAGUCCAGAAGGACCAGCCGGAACAGGUAAAACAGAGUCCGUAAAAGAUUUAUCAAAGGCUCUUGCCAGACCUUGUGUUGUGUACAAUUGUAGUGAGGGUGUUACGUAUACAAUGAUGUAUCAGUUCUUCAGUGGUAUUGUUCAAGUAGGAGCUUGGGCAUGUUUUGAUGAAUUCAACAGAAUUAAUGCUGAGGUAUUGUCUGUUAUUGCCACUCAAUUGCUAACCAUCCAAGAUGCACUCAAAGCAAAGAAGACAAAAUUCUUCCUCGAAGACGACCAAGAAAUUUCUCUGAGAAGCACAUGCGGAGUUUUUAUUACCAUGAACCCAGGCUAUGCAGGCAGAACAGAACUUCCUGAUAACUUAAAGGCUCUGUUUAGACCUGUUGCAGUCAUGUUGCCUGACUAUAGAAUGAUCGCAGAGGUUAUUCUGUUUUCUGAGGGUUAUCAAGAUGCAUUACCUUUAUCAAGAAAAAUGACACAACUUUACAAGUUGUCAAAUGAACAAUUGUCGAGUCAAGACCACUACGAUUUUGGUAUGAGAGCGAUGAAGUCUGUUUUAGUUAUGGCCGGAGAAUUGAAAAGAGCCAAUCCACACCUUAGUGAGAGUACUACAUUGAUGAAGGCUAUGAUUGACAGCAAUCUUCCUAAAUUCGUGAAAGAAGAUGUCUCACUGUUUCAAGGAAUUGUUUCUGAUCUAUUUCCAGGUAUUGACGCUCCUGUUGAAAAGAACGCAGAACUUGAGGCAGGGUUAUUGCAAAUUAUUGAACGAAGAAAGCUAGAGCCACUACCAGCAUUUAUCAAGAAGAUUGUACAAUUUUUCGACACACUCAUCAUUCGUCAUGGUGUAAUGCUCGUAGGACCUACAGGAGGAGGAAAGACAGAAAUUAGAAACGUUCUUGGUGACACAAUGAAUUAUUUGAAGGAUGAGCUACACUCAACUGCAAGUCACGUGAACAAAGUUCAACAAUUCUUGCUAAAUCCAAAGUCCAUUACGUAUGGAGAGCUCUACGGAGUGUUGAACAUGACAACACAAGAAUGGUUUGACGGACUUAUUCCACACUUUGCCAGAAAGGCUACCAAAGACACUAGCGAUGACAAAAAGUGGAUCAUUUUUGAUGGUCCUGUGGAUACUUUAUGGAUUGAAAGUAUGAACUCGGUUCUUGACGACAGCAAAUUAUUGUGUCUGGACAAUACUGAACGUAUUCAACUUAAUGACAAAAUAAGCUUUAUUUUCGAAGUUCAAGACUUAGCUGUGGCAUCUCCAGCAACUGUUAGUAGAUGUGGAAUGGUAUUCGUAGAUCCUAUUGAGCUCGGAUGGAGACCCUAUGUAGCAUCUUGGCUAAAGAACUCAAUUACUUGCUCAACUCAUGUAGACCUUAAAGAAUUGUUAGAGAAGAUGUUUGAUGAGUUCGUUCAAGAUGGUUUGGAUUUCGUUAGAAGCCAAUGCGAGGAAGAGGUACCAAGUACUAAUUUGAACUUGGUCACUAGUUUGUGUGGACUUAUGGAUGCUUUGUUGCUUGAUCACCUGGAAAAGCUUGAGGCCGAAAAGAGCAAGCAGUUAAUGAGUCUCGUGUUUACCUUUUCUUAUAUCUGGUCAAUUGGAGCAAACAUCAUUGAUAGCUCCAUGAUUGAAUUUGACAGAUUUGUUAAAGAGAAAUUCAAAAAGUCUGGUUUAGUGCCAUCGAAUGGAACUUGUUAUGAUUACUUUGUUGACUUUGACUCAGUGAGCUUUGUGAACUGGGAAGUACUGAAACCUGAAUUUAAAUAUUCAAGUGAAGUACCUUUCUAUGAAAUAAUUGUUCCAACAGUUGAUACAGUUAGAUACUCUUAUCUUAUCCAAACUUUAAUGAAGAGCGAGAAACCUACAUUAUUCAACGGAAGAACCGGAGUGGGCAAAACAAUUUUGAUCAAUAACGCACUGCAGUCGUUUGAGUUCAAGCGUCAUAACGAAUCAUUCACUACUGAACUUGUUUCUGUUCAAUUUUCUGCUAGAACUGACAGUGGAAGAACAAGAGAAAUGAUAGAAAGUAAGCUAGUAGAGAAAAAGAAAGCGUUGUAUGCUCCUCCUGGCAAGAAAGUUGUAAUAUUUAUUGAUGAUCUAAACAUGCCUAACCUUGAACAAUUCGGAGCUCAACCUCCAAUAGAAUUGAUUAGGCAAAUGAUUGGAUGUGGAGGAUUUUAUGAUGUUUCGAAUAGAGAGGAGUUUCCAUGGAAGGUUGUGCAUGAUUCAACAGUUGCAGCUGCAUGUGGCCCUCCAGGAGGUGGUAGAAAUCCAACUACACCAAGAUUAUUACGACUAUUUCACUUGUUACGUAUACCUGAACUGUCAAAGAAUAGCAUGACCCUUAUUUUUGAGAGUAUUUUAGAUGGAUUCCUUUCUUAUAAUUCGUUCUCAGAAGAAAUUAGAGGACUAACAAAGCCGUUAGUUAAAACCGCGCUAGAGCUUUACGGAAGAGUGUGUGAUAGAUUCAGACCUACACCAAGCUGUGCUCAUUACACUUUCAAUCUUCGAGAUUUGUCUAAAAUUUUCCAAGGAAUGCUUCAAGUGAAGGCAAACAAUGCUAAGGAUUCAAACACAAUUUUGAAGCUAUUUUCACAUGAAGCUUCUAGAUGCAUGUUUGACAGACUUGUAAAUACUCAAGAUAGAAGCGAUUUUACAGCAAUAAUUAUUGAUUUAUUGAAGAGAUAUUUCAAAGGACAAAAUUGGGAUGAAAACGACUUUAUGGGAGAGCAUGCCAUCUCUUUUGGUAACUUCAUGGACCAGGGAGAUAGCGAGGAGAAGGCUUAUCAACAAAUUAAUGUUGACAAACUUCCAGGAGAACUAGAUGAUAGUCAAAUGAGGUACAAUUUAAAUAAUGCUGGUCAAUUGGAUCUUGUUUUCUUCCCAGAUGCAGCAAAACACAUCACAAGAAUUACCAGAAUUUUAUCACAAAAACGAAGUAAUGCAUUGCUAAUUGGUGUUGGAGGCUCAGGAAAACAAAGUCUUACUAGAUUAUCCUCCUUUAUUGUUGGGUACAAGACAUUCGAAAUCAGUUUGAAAAGAAAUUAUGAUAUUGAAGACUUUAGGGAGGAUCUUAGAAACUUAUUUAGAAUGGCAGGAGGAGUAGAGGGAGGCCCAGUUGUUUUCCUAAUUACUGACGCCCACAUUGUGGAUGACUCAUUUCUUGAAGAUAUCAAUAAUAUUCUCAAUACAGGUGAGGUUCCAAAUCUUUUCCCCUCAGAUGAGAAAGAGAAGUUAAUUAAUGAAAUUAGACCAAUAGCACAGAAGGCAGGCGUAUCUGAAAUUAGAGACGCAAUAUUUGCUCAUUUUAUCAAGAGAGUGAGAGACAAUUUACAUAUAGUUAUUUGUAUGAGUCCAGUUGGUGAUGAUUUUAGAAGAAGAAUAAGAAUGUUCCCGUCAUUAGUCAACUGCACAACAAUUAACUGGUUCGAUGAAUGGCCUGCAGUAGCUCUUAAAGGAGUAGCACAAAGAAAGUUUGAGAAAGUUAAUAUUGGAAAUGAGAAUCUCAAGCAAAAAAUUGUGGAUACCUGUGUAUUAAUACAUAGAGAUGUUGUAGAUAUUACGAAGAAAUUUGAAGAAGAAACAAGACGAAAGUUUUAUAUUACUCCAUCACAUUAUCUGGAGUUUAUAAACUUUUACGGCGAUUUGCUGGAAGAACAGCGUCUCGAGCUAAAAGAAGCGAAAGACAAACUUCAAAAAGGUUUAUUUACUCUUCAAGAAGCAAACAACAAGGUCGCUUCGUGUGAAAAAGAAAUUGAGCAACUUCAACCUAUUCUUGAACAAAAGAGUAUUGAAAAUACAAUUAUUACUAAGGAAGUACUUGAAAAGAAGGCUCAAGCGGACAAGGAUAAUGAGAUCAUUUCUGCAGAAAAGAAGGAAAUUGAUGAAAAAGCAAAAAUUGCAGAAGCUAUGAAAAAAGAUGCUGAUGACAAGCUAAAGGAUGUUCUGCCAGCACUGGAAGAAGCAGAAAAGGCAGUGAGUGAGCUUGGAGGACCUGAGCUUAAUAUGAUUCGAUCAUAUCAAAAUCCUGUAAUGCCUGUAAAAACUACGCUUGAGGGUGUGUUAAUUUUGUUAGGCGAGAAAAAGACAGACUGGGAGGCAGCUCAAAAAGCUAUGAGUGCAAUGGACUUUAAAAAGAGAAUUUUGACUUUCAAGGAAACUAUGAAAGAAAGAGUUACCCCUCAAAUCGUUGCAAAGAUUAAGAAAUUAAUGAAAGAUGAGAACUUCCAAGAAGCUGUUGUUUAUAAGGCUUCUGGUCCAGCAGGUUCACUUUGCAAAUGGGUAAGAAAAAUGGUGGAGUAUUAUGAAGUUGAAAAGGUUGUACAACCCUUAAUGGAGAGUGCAGCUGCAGCCCAGGAAGAAUUGGAGAAACUAUUGUCGACUCUGAGAAUCAAAGAAGCUGAACUACAAAAGAAAACAGAAUAUCUUGCACAACUUCAAAGACAACUAGAGGAAAACAAUAGAGAGAAGAUUAUGCUUCAAGAGCAAAAAGAAAUUUCAGAAAGAAGAUUAGUUGCAGCGAAAAAACUUACCGUUUCUCUGAAAGAAGAAUACGAAAGAUGGACCCUAUCUGUUGCAGAAUUUGAUGAACGUAUCAAAAACAUAGCUGGAGACAUUUUUAUUGCUUCAGCAUUUGUCAUUUACUGUGGGCCAUUAACAUCUCCAUACAGAAAAGAAUUGCUUGACAAAUGGUGCGAAUAUUGUAAAGAGCAUGGUAUUCCAUUCAGUGAUAACUACUCUUUAGAUAAGGUAAUUGCAGAUCCUAUUGGCAUUAGAGAUUGGGGAAUGCAAGGGUUACCAAUGGAUCACUAUUCCAUUCAAAACGCCAUUAUAGUAACACGAACCAAGAGAUGGCCUCUAUUGAUAGACCCUCAAGAACAAGCAAACUCAUGGAUCAAAAACAUGGAAAAGGGAAACACCUUAAAAUUGUUAAAGCAGUCAGAGGAUAAUUAUAUCAAAACCUUAGAGAGUUAUAUCACAACAGGUAAACCAGUAAUGAUUGAAGGACUAGCAGAGAAGAUUGAUCCGACUCUUCAACCAAUUUUAAACAAGGAAGUGUUUAAGAGCAAAGGAAAGCUUGUAAUGAAAAUGGGAAAUGCUGAAAUUGACUUUAAUCCUUCAUUCAAGCUGUACCUUACCACCAAGCUCUCUAAUCCUCACUAUUUACCAGAAAUAUGUAACAAGGUGACUCUUGUCAACUUUACUGUUACAACAAAGGGAUUAGAAGACCAGCUACUCGCCGAUGUAGUAAGAAUCCUCGAGUCUAGUUUGGAAGAAGAAAGAGACAGACUUAUUGUUAGCGUUGCUGACGACAAAAAGACUCUGAAAAAGAUCGAGAAAAAGAUUCUUGACAGUCUAUCAUCAGUGAAAGAAGACGAAAAUAUUUUAGACAAAACUCAAAUCAUCAAAUCUCUGGAUGACUCUAAAAACACUUCAAACGUUAUCAAAGACAGAGUUAAAGACGCUGCAGAAACAGAGCUUAAAAUUGAUCAGGCAAGAGAAAAGUAUAGAAACGUUGCUGUCCGUGGUUCAAUUCUAUACUUUGUUUUAGCUGAUUUAGCGAAUAUUGAUCCCAUGUAUCAAUAUUCAUUGGAAUACUUCAAAGAUAUUUUCAACAAGUGUAUUAGACACACUAAGGAGCAACACCGCGAUCUCACAACCGAACAGCUUCUUCCAAUUCUCAUAUCGAACAUUACAGAGUACAUUUUCACAAAUGUUUGCAGAGGAUUGUUCGAAAAGGAUAAGAUUAUUUUCUCGUUCCUUAUUUGUACUCGAAUUUUGUUGUACGAUCAAGUAAUCGAUGAAAACGAAUGGCUGUUGUUCCUCAGAGGCGCUCCAUUGACCUAUGACAGUAAGAAUGAGCUGUCAAAUUGGCUAUCUGAUUUAUCGUGGAAUCUAUUGACCGCUCUCGAUGCAGAAAUUCCUCAAUUGAAGGGACUCAAAGCUUCAGUAACAGGAAAUCUAUUCACUUGGAAGAAAUACUUUGAGGACACUGAGGCCUAUUCUAAAGAGUUACCUUUUUCUUGGGAAGAGAAGAUCAAGCCCUUCCACAAGUUACUUCUCAUCAAGUGCUUCGCGGAGGAGCAAGUACUAUUGGCCAGCAAAGAAUUUGUCAAAAAUCGUUUGGGUGAAUCAUUCAUCAGACCUCCCGGAUUAGAUCUCGAAAAAGCUCUCAGUGACUCAACACCUAGCACUCCAAUUACAUUUAUUCUUUCUCAAGGUGCAGAUCCUACAAGCAUGUUAAAACGAUUUGCUAUUGAAAAAGAGCAUGAGCUUCAUAUCAAAUCUCUUGGCCAAGGACAAGAGGUAUCUGCCAAAAAACUGAUUGAAAGAGGAAGAAAGAAUGGUGAAUGGGUAUUGCUUCAAAACUGUCAUUUGUUUGUAUCCUUUAUGCCUACUUUGGAGAAUAUUAUUGCUGAAUUUUCUUCUCCAAUGGCAGUUGUUCACAAAGAUUUCAGAUUAUGGUUAACAUCCAUGCCUUCCAAGGAUUUCCCAAUACCUAUUCUUCAAAACAGUGUGAAAGUAACCAAUGAGCCUCCAAAAGGUUUAAGAUCUAAUCUCACUAGAACAUACAAUGAAAUUUCUGAUGAAUACUUUAACGGUUUUGAAGAAGGUGAGAAAUUCCCAGAGUGUACUAAGAAGCUUGCAUUCAGAAAGCUAUUGUUUGGAUUAUGCUUAUUCCAUGGUGUAAUUCAAGAACGUAAGAAAUUUGGUCCUCUUGGUUGGAACAUCAAGUACGAAUUCAAUGAUUCAGAUUUAAGCGUUGCACAGUUGUGGUUAAGAAUGUUCCUCAAAGAACGUGAAAACAUUCCUUGGGAUUCUUUAAAUUACGUGAUAGGUGAAAUUAGAAUUCUUUCUUCUGAUUACAAAUUUGCUCCUUCUGAUAUUUACAAAAUUCCUUCUUCAGAUCCUAUCGAUGACUACAGACAAUUUAUUUCCAAACUUCCAGACAAUGACGAACCUGCUAUUUUCAACAUGCAUCAAAAUGCGAACAUGGUUUUCCAAAUGCAAGAAACACAUUAUUUAGUAUCUACCGUGAUGGGAACUCAAUCUUUAAGCUCUGGAGGAUCCAAACAACAUCAUAUGGAUUCCAUUGUCACAGAAAUUGCAAACAAAAUUUUAUCAAAACUUCCUGAAAAUCUCAGUAAAUCUGAGGCUGGAAAGAACACGUUUAUUAGAACUGAGAAGGGAGCUAUGCAUUCUCUAUCUACAGUACUAAGUCAUGAAAUGAUGAAAUUUAACAAAUUACUGGACAAGAUUAGAAGUACUUUGACCGAGUUGCAAAAAGCCAUGAAUGGACUUGUUCUCAUGUCUAGUGAGCUCGAAAAAACAUUUAAGAGUCUCUUAAACAAUGAAGUGCCUGAAUUGUGGGCAGCUUAUCCCUCAAGAAAGCCACUUGGUUCUUGGGUUGAAGACUUGGUCGAACGAGUAGCUUUCAUGAGAAAUUGGUUGAGAAAUGGACUUCCUAAGGCGUUCUGGCUCUCUGGAUUCUUCUUCCCUCAAGGAUUCUUUACGGGUGUGUUACAAACGUUUGCAAGAAAGUACAAUGUUGAAAUUGAUUCCUUGUCAUUCACUUUUAGAAUCAUGCAUGAAAUGACUCCAGAAGAAAUUGAAGAAGGUCCUGAGGAUGGUGUCUAUGUGUAUGGUUUGUAUUUGAAUGGAGCAAAAUGGAACAAAGAUAAGGAGACAUUGGAAGAGUCUGACAACGGUGAAAUGAACGUGAAAUUGCCAGUCAUUCAUUUCUUGCCAGAAAAGAAUCACAAAACUUCUCCAAAAUGCUACGAAUGCCCUCUUUAUAAGACAAGUGAAAGAAAGGGUAAACUCUCUUCUUUGGGUCAGUCCACGAACUUUGUGAUUAGUGUUGAGUUGCCAACAGAAAAACCAGCAUCUCAUUGGAUCUCUGAAGGUGUAGCCAUGCUUUGUCAGCUUGAUAUUUAA